AUGGGCUCCUUCAAUCGAGCUCCUGAUUCAAAAGAAACAGCCCCACUAACCGGAUCGCCUUCCUGGGAUCUACCAGCAGAGAUCUGGUUGCAGGUCCUCAGGUACCUUCUCGUCAAGCGGCCGGAACAACAACAUGGCAACGCCCUUGUGGUCCUUCAGCCGUUGAGCGACUGGACGGGACAAGACUCAUCCAAUAACAGACUCUCUAGUCAGGUCCUUCGCACAAACCGAGCCUUUUAUCAAGCAGGAAUCGAGCUACUGUACCGUGAAAACGUCUUCGAGAUGAACGGUGAUGACGUCUGGGUGCUUCCAAAUUUCCUCAGUCGUAUUGGCCCAAACAUUGCCAGGAUUAGGCAUCUGAGACUCGACCACAGGAAUGCUGGCCACGAGGAUUGCCGGGGAGCACCUCAUAGACAUCCGCAAGAAAUUGUCUAUGUGAGCGGCUGGAUACGAGACCUCUGGGUAGAUAGGCUUUUCGAGUGCUUUCCAACCCUGCGGUCCUUGGAGACAUUGAGCAUCGCGGUGGAUCUACCAUCCCGGAAAAUGCGUGAUUCUGUUGCGCGAAUGGAAACAGGGCUGUACGUUAAGGAGAGUGGCUUAGCGCAUGAGCUUUGCGUUGCAAAGCAGAUGCAAGAUAGGGUACUUUGGAACGAGUUACAUGGCCAGGUUUUGUUCUACAUCAACAAACUAGGAAUCUGGCGAGCCGCGAACUCGCUCGAUCAAUGGUUUCCAAAACUCAACGCGAACGUAUACCAUGGCGUAGGAGAACACGGUGCUUAUGGCAUCUUCUCGACCAAAGAAUUAGAGAUAUCUAGUUCAGCACAGAAGCAGAGGACGGCGGCUCAUUUCCUAACUGCAAGAAGGUUGCAGGUUGAUUUCGCAGAAGGGAAGGUAUCGCACUGGAACCGAGAUUUACCCUUCUCCAAUACUACCAGUGGUCCUCUUGCAUUCUCUCCACCAAAAUAUCCUUCGCCAUGGGCGUCAGGAUCGGGAGAAUGGGCAGACGCCUACGCGAGGGCGCGCGACUUCGUCAGCCAAUUGACAUUGCUCGAAAAGGUCAAUUUGACCACGGGUGUCGGGUAUCUAAGAUUACCUCUUGCUCUUGCUCAAACAGUGGUACUAAAUGCUAUGUACUUACCCGGUAAAGCCGACUACGUCUCUGCCUUCCCAGCAGGUGUCAACGUGGCCGCUACCUGGUCUCGUGGCCUUGCCUAUGCACGCGGCGAGGCAAUGGGCGUAGAGCAUCGCGGUAAAGGUGUUGAUGUGCAGCUUGGACCAGUUUGCGGACCCUUAGGACGUAUACCAGAAGGUGGUAGGAACUGGGAAGGCUUCAGUCCUGAUCCAUAUCUGACUGGCGCCCUCAUUGAUCCUACCAUCCGAGGCAUUCAAGAUGCUGGAGUCAUUGCAUGCACCAAGCAUUACAUCGGUAACGAGCAAGAGCGUUUCCGUCAGGCACCCGAGGCUCGAGGCUAUGGCUUCAACAUCACCGAGAGUCUGAGUUCCAACAUCGAUGACAAGACUAUGCAUGAGCUGUAUUUAUGGCCUUUCGCCGAUGCCGUCCGAGCAGGUACUGGCGCGAUCAUGUGCUCCUACAAUCAGAUCAACAACUCGUACGGCUGCCAAAACUCCUACAGCCUCAACUACCUUCUGAAGAACGAGCUCGAUUUCCAAGGAUUUGUCAUGAGUGACUGGCAAGCACAACAUAGUGGUGUUGGAGACAUCUUGGCCGGUCUCGACAUGUCUAUGCCAGGAGACACAACCUUCUUAACUGGGCUUUCGUUCUGGGGCACCAAUUUGACAAUUGCUGUCGCCAACGGCACGGUCCCGGAAUGGCGGCUGGACGAUGCUUGUGUUCGGAUCAUGUCUGCAUUCUAUCUCGUUGGCAGAGACACAACCCAGGUCCCUAUCAAUUUCGAUUCGUGGACUAAAAAUACCUUCGCGCCAAUCCACAUCGCGGUCGAAUCACCGAUUGGACUUGUCAAUGAACACGUGGAUGUCCGCGAGGACCACGCUGGACUCAUCCGAGAAAUUGGUCGUGCUAGCACGGUUCUGCUGAAGAAUAGCAACAAUGCUCUUCCACUCAGUGGCAACGAGAGACAGGUGGCUGUUUUCGGAGAGGAUGCCGGAUCCAAUGCCUACGGUGCCAAUGGCUGUCCUGACAGAGGAUGUAACAAUGGUACAUUGGCCAUGGGAUGGGGUAGUGGAACUGCAGAUUUCCCAUAUCUCAUCACUCCGGAACAGGCUAUUCAGAAUUACGUAGUGACACAGACCACCGGGAUCAUCGAAGUGGUGACUGCUCAAGGCGCAGUCACACAAAUUCAGAGUCGUGCAGCGCAGGCCGACCUUGCUCUUGUCUUCGUCAACGCCGAUUCUGGUGAAGGUUACAUCAGCGUUGACGGCAAUGAAGGAGACCGUAAAAACCUGACGCUGUGGAAGCAAGGUGAUGAUCUGAUCCAGAAUGUCUCCGCGCUCUGCAACAACACGAUCGUGGUGAUGCAUACUGUUGGUCCUGUUCUGGUCAGUGACUGGUACAACAAUGACAACGUUACUGCCAUUUUGUGGGCUGGGCUUCCAGGGCAGGAAAGUGGCAACGCAAUCCUUGAUGUCCUCUACGGCCACUACAAUCCCGGCGGAAAACUUCCCUUCACUUUUGGACCUACGCGAGAGUCUUAUGGGACCGACCUCCUUCUCGAACCAAACAAUGGUCAGUUCGGUGCUCCACAGGAUGACUUUGACGAAGGUGUCUUCAUUGACUACCGGGCCUUCGACAGGAUGAAUAUCACGCCCAUUUACGAAUUCGGCUUUGGUCUCAGCUACACCACAUUUGAGUACUCAGACCUGGUUGUCACGCCGCAGAAUGCGGGACCAUAUGUUCCCACCAGCGGGACGACUUCACCUGCUCCGUCCCUUGGCAACAAUGCAAGCACAGACUACUCGCAAUAUCUUUUCCCUAACGGCACCAUCGAUCGUGUUUCGAACUACAUCUACCCAUAUUUGAACUCAACCGAUCCUGCUGCCGCUUCAGCCGAUCCCGAAUAUGGUCUCCCUACGAGCGAGUACGUUCCCGCAGGUGCAACAGAAGGCACGCCACAACCAUUGCUUCCUGCUGGAGGUGCACCUGGCGGCAACCCAGGACUGUGGGACAUUUUGUACACAGUGUCUGCUACCAUUAGAAAUACAGGCAGUCUCCAGGGUGAUGAAGUAGCGCAGCUGUAUGUAUCCCUUGGUGGAGACGAGCCAGCCGUUGUGCUGAGAGGCUUCGAUCGCCUGACUAUUGUAUCUGGGGCGUCUGCCACGUUCACUGCGCAACUCACCCGGAGGGAUCUGUCCACGUGGGACACUGUGAGUCAGAAUUGGGCACCAGCUCCAGGGCCAGUGACCGUUUAUGUUGGAAGCUCGAGCAGGAACCUGCCGCUGUCGAGCACUCUGCCAUCGUACUGA